AUGGGAUAUGUUGCUUAGUCUCUGUAUCAUGGCCCUGCACCAAUGAUCUAUUAUUUUCUGCUGCAAACAAUGGAGCUUAUUGGAUUUGAAGGGUUUGCUGUUGUUCUUUCCCCAGUACUUCUAAUGAUCAGUCCCUUUCAGAGACUGGUUACCAAGAAAUGGGUGCUAGCCCUGCUGAAGAUGGUUACACCGGGUUAUUUCAGAAUCUGAGGAUUCAUUUUAGGAAAAAUGCUUCUUCUUGUUCUUCAGAUACAGUACAUUUCAUUAAACCCAAUCUGGAGCUGUCAGGCUGCCAACAAGGUAACAUUGACGUUAAGUUUCAUAGCAACACUUGAUGAUUAUGCAGGUGUAGCAGCAGCAGCUGUCCUCCUCUGCCUGAACACAUGGACUGCAGCCAUAGCUGGGAGCAUUUUGGCAGUCUGCACCAUUGCCGUAUGGCCUCACCUUCUUGGCUGCCUCAUUAGCUCAGAGAUGAAUCCUGGGAGGGCUAUAAUCACUACCAUGACAUUCUGUCUUCUUGAUUUUUUUUUCUGUGUGGGAUGUACAGCUUUUAAGUAUGUACCAAGAGAUAUCCAGACUAGAGAGUCUGAUGUACUUUUGGGGACAUUAGUGUUAAUUAUUGGACUAGAUCUGAUUGCUGGGCCUCCAAAAAGCCUUGAAUUAGUUCAUCAAACAAAAAAUAAUUCUAAAAUGCUAUUCAGAAAAAAAGCACCAACCAAAGAAUUCUCAGCCCUGAUCUGGCCUUUCUGAUUUGGAUAUGACAAUGAAGGUUGGCCUUCUCUAGAGCAAUCGGCUCACUGACUCAAUCAAACAGGUGCAGAUGUCAUAACAAUUUUAGAGAGUGAUGGCUCUAAAUCCUUCAAAGGGAACAAUUACUUAACAAUGUGGUGAGGGGUAAAGCUGGGCUUUUAUACAGAUCUUGGUCCAAGCACAAGAGAUCACACUUGAGGGAUUAUGGCUUUGUCAAAGUAUCCAGUUGUGAAAUCACAUCACUACCUUCUUCCAUCACUCGGGAAUAUUGCUCCAGCCAUAACAAUGACAAUUAACCUUACCAAUGGACUGGAGGAUUUUGUUACUCACUUUGGGAAUGAUGAGAAUGACUUGGACAGCAAGCCCCAGGCACUUGCUAUUUCAAGUUUGCUGAAGUCUAGUAUUUGGGGCUAUAUCACUUCACUGGCCCCUGGCUCCAGAGGCUAUCCACAUCAGCAUGGCAAUGUGCAAGACAUUGACAGCACAGAUACUGACAGAUGGUAUGAGUGGAUCAUAUAUUGUGGGCUAAUAAGGUCGGGUUAUGCACACAUCUCUCAUGCUGACCUGAGUGACUUUGAGCUUCAGGUGGUGAAAUUCAGGAUUCCUGGUGAUCCUAGCAAUUAUAUGCACCACCAAAAAAUAAUUACUGACCCUAGCAAAGUUUAUAAAAGAAUUAAUGUUUUAAAUUAA